AUGCUAGCGGCCAACAUCGUUAACGCACAGCCGUUUUCGACGCCGCAGACGACCCCCGUUGUCGAGAAGCGAAACCCGAGGCCUACUUCACCAGCCCAGGAAGUCGUCCCCACAAGCACACCCACGAAACAGGUCACUCUUGUGAACCACAUUGCCACCAUGCUAUCGGCGUUGACCUUCAAGUUUUCCAACCAACGCGUCAACAACAAUAAACUGCACCUGGCUGCGUUUCUAACCGAGGUUUUUAAGCGCUCCAAAUGCUCUAAAAAAAUAAUUUUGCUGUCGAUCUACUAUUUCCACAAGCUCUACACCUGCAAGCUGGAUUCAAUCACCAGCUUGCCGGAGUUUUCGAGGUGCUCGAAACGCAUUUACUUAUGCUGUAUUAUCCUAGCUCACAAAUUUCUCAACGACCAGACGUUUUCAAUGUCAUCUUGGCAGCGCAUCAGCGGGCUGUCUUGCAGAGACAUAUCGACCAUGGAACGUUGGUGUUUGGCAAAGCUCAAUUACGAGCUUCUAAUCAGUGACGAAAAAUUGACUGCAUGGUCCAGGAAGUAUCUAUACAACGAAGUUGUCGUUGAGAUAAUCAAUUCCAAGAAAAGAAUCAGAGAAACGGAAAUUCUUUCAACAUUAACACCAAAUAAGAGACUAAAUACUAAUAUAGUUAUAAUUUGA